AGAGAGAGAGAGAGAGAGAGAGAGAGAGGCAUGCAGUCUGAAGGAGAGAGAAGAGGACAGUGGUGUGUAUCUGUCCCACUGCUCUCCACCUCUCUGUUCAUCUCUCCAUUGCUCCUCCAUCUGUCCGUCCGCCGGUCCCGUCUCCUGCACUGUCGGUACAUGACGGAUCCAGGGGAGGAUGUUGAAGUUCCGUGUGGACAGGAGAGUCAGUCAACAUGACCCCAGUAGACCAGCUGGACCAGCAGUGAGCCCGAUCCAGCUGGAAGAGCCUGCAACCAUACACUCCUAUCUUCAGCACUGUGAUUUGGAUAUGAAUGGGAAGGUGAACACUAAUGCUGAGAAGAUCACUCACUCCAAAAGUGCAAAUAUGGUGUCAGACCUGUCCCCAGAAGGCCAGUCUUACACCCGGACAUCUCGUACUCCCAGAGGUGCUCCCAGAACAGCCACGUUUGGGAAGCGCUCCAACUCUAUGCGCAGGAAUCCCAAAGCCCCAGUCAGCAAACAGGGAUGGCUUUACAAGCAGGCCAGCAGUGGAGUGAAGCAGUGGAACAAGAGGUGGUUCGUCCUGGCUGACAGAUGUCUCUUCUACUACAAAGACGAGAAGGAGGACACAGUGUUAGGGAGUUUGCCGCUGCUUAGUUUCCGAAUUGGAGGAGUGGAGCCUUCGGAUAACAUCACCCGCAAGUUUGCCUUUAAGGUGAAUUCGGAGAAAGAGGAGGGUGAGGACAACGAGUUGAAGGAUCCUGUUGUGUUUUGCAUGCAGGCGGAGCACGCCGGCACCAGGACAUACUACUUCAGCGCAGACAGCCAUGAGGAACAGGAAGGGUGGAUUAGAGCCAUGAGCGAGGCUGCAGAGGUCAUCAUCCAGCCAACACAAAGAAUGAACUCGGAUGCCACAGAUGACGUCAACCACACCAUGGUGACCAAGGCACCCAACCCACAAACCCCGCAGCAUCCACACUCACAAGCACACAAUGAAAUGGACAAUGACUUCCCCUCCUACCCUAAACUCAACGGGGUGAACAACCUUGAUACACCCCCGCCCUUCACCCCCCGCUCCGACCAGGAGGGGACAAAGGACUACGGCAGACGAGGAGAAGGCGGCGGAGUAGGCGGCGGAGGCGGCGAAGAUGAAGGCGGAGGACCUGGUCCUGACCAUGCCCCUCACCCGAGUCAACAUCCAAACGGUUGGAGCAACUACGAGACUCGCAAUGCCGCGCCCCUUAACAGCCACAGCCAAGCCCCGCUCUCCAGGAGUCACAGCGGACGCCGUACCCCUCAGGGACAUCCGGAGGGGGGUGUCGGCCCAACGCGGGACCCCAGGGAGCAGCAGGACAAUGUGGUGCUGAGGAGGGGCUUUGUGCCGCGGACGGCUCCAGAGAGGGUGGCCCAGAGGAAGAGCUCCAUGGCCCAGCUGCAGCAGUGGGUCAACCAGCGGCGGGGCAUGGCCUCACAGGAGGACCUCACCAGCCCGUCUCGUUACUACCCAGUGAACCGGGGGGUCCCUGGUGACUACUAUGGCUACCCUGGUGGACCGCAGUAUGUGGAGGAGUACGCCUUGUACCCGCCGGGGGUCCGACCCGACAGUAUCUGCUCCGUCUCUACUUCGGGCGGCUACGACCGGCGCUGGACUGUGGAGGAGAAGCGCCACUCGCUGAGGGACGGACCACAUCAGCUGUACGGACCCACAAUCCCCAGGGAGCAGUGGAGGCCGCAGUGCUAUGGUGGAAUGGAAACAUCCAUGAGACGUCUGUCUAUCCAGCCGCGUUCCAGGUCCGUGCCCAGGUCUCCGUCCUCGUCAUCCUACUCACCCAACUUUGCCUCACCGGCCCGGUCGCCGUCUGCUCGCUUUGACCGCUUUCAAAGGGGGAUGAGGGACGACAUGAUCUAUGCUGAUCCAUCCGUCUACAGCCUGCGGAGAUCCCUCAGCUCGCCCAAGUAUGACUACCCUGGUGAUAGGAGGUCCUUAAGCCAAGGAUUAUACCACUACAACUACCCUGUAUCCCCUUCCAUCCACAAUAAAAUGGAGGACAUGUUAGAUCUACAGCUGCAGCGCAACCUGGAUUACUUAGACCAACAGGUGCUCGAGGGAAGCCACCUAAUUGGCACGGUUCGCAGAAUGGUGGAGCGCUCAUCCUCAACAGCAAAGCUCUGUAUACAAGUACCUCCCUUCCAUGAUGUCUACAGCAGAGAGUUACAUCCUACCCUGAAGCUCAACGAGAUUGAAACCAGUAAACUCUUGGGUCGACUGUGUGAGCAGAGCCAGAUUCUGAAAGACCACGAGGCGGUUGUCCACCGACUGAGAAUGGACAAGGACAGCCUAGAGGAGGCGCUGGUGGCGACUCAUCAGGAGAUGGAGCUGUACCAUAACCAGCCGUUGGCCAUGGAGAAACUGCGCUUCAAAAAGGAAACCCUGCAGAACCAGCUCAUCAACAUCAGAGGGGAGCUCUCCCAGGCCUCCAGCGCUUUAACCACCAAUCGUAUGGAGUUUGAAGCAUUGGAGGAUGAGGCCAAUGCCAUUCAUGGAGAUCUAUGGGAGCAGCUUAAUGCAGGAGGGCAGAGUGAACUGGUACGUAGGCACAUCCAGAAAGAGUUUUGGAGAGUCCAGGAUGUAUUGGAGGGACUGCACAAGAAUAACUCAUCCAGAGGCACUGACACAGCCAAGCACAGAGUGGCCAGUGGUGCAUCAGGCUCCUUUAGCACCAAUAGUCCAGCCAGUCCCCUGAGCUCAGUAAGCCUCACCAGCCCGCUCAGCCCCUUCUCCCCAGUGCCCGGCUCCCAGGCCUCCCCCACCAAACAGCUGGGCCCGGAGGAAAGUGUUCCCCCAAGGCCUCCCCUCCCCAAGUCUUAUUACCCUUUGGAGCCCUCCCCUACCUUCCCUCCCUCCGUCCCUCCCCUGCCCUUUGACAGCGCCACCUGGCUACGCAGCUUGGGCAUCGAUGACGGUUACCUUGAUGGUGAAGAUUCUCACAUCAGAAAGCCCAAAUUUGGAGAACACAACAACAUCAGUGACAUGCAAGACCAGGUCCAGGAUAGACAAUCCACCAUGAAUAAAGUUGGCAUUGUCCCUCCUAGAACGAAGUCCCCCACCGACGAAUCACACGGCAGCUCUGCUAGAGUUUCCCGCCAUAAUGGCAGAGUGCCUAAUGGAAUCUCUAGGGAGCGGCCGAAGAGCGCUGUGUUUCCCGCGGAGCUGAAGUCGAAGAUGAGCGUGCAGGAGCAGAAUGAGCGAAUCCGACGCAACCAGAGCAGCUCUGUGAGGGAAAAGAGGCGAAGUCUAAACCUCUCAGGUGGCCAGUCUACAUCCAACUACAAAGUGAUCCGAAGGCGGCUGACAGCUCACGAGAUUGACAUCAAAGACCUGGAGGCAGCAGUUCGAGGCCCGGGGCAGGAGUCACCUCGGCAAGAGAUCGCUCGCCUGAGACGGUUAACGGCUGAACCAGAACCCUACGACCUGGACCUCAGCAGAGAGGUGCAUUUGUUCCAGCUGAUGACUCCGGACAAGGUUCUGAUCCCGGAGCGCUAUCUGGACGUGGAGGACAACACUCCUCUCAGUCCCGAGGAACAGAAGGAGAAGCAGAAGAAAGUGGAGCGGAUCAAGACCCUCAUUGCCAAAUCGAACCUGCAGAACAUGGUUCCUGUGCUGGACGGCCCUGUGGAUGGCGGGGCUCCAGCCAGCUCCCAGCAGCAGUUGCAAGAGCAGGAGAAACGUAUUGAGAUCUCCUGCGCUCUGGCUGCCGAGGCCUCUCGUCGCAGCCGCCUUCUCUCUGCCCAGUGCGCCCCCAGCACCCCCACCUCCCCAACUAGCCUGGCCCCUCCCCCUUCCUCUGCUGACUUCCCCAACUCAGCCCACACCAUGAUGGCGUGAGUCAUGCAAGCUCAAGCCUUGGCUGCUGUGAAGUUUGACGGAGCAUCUUUCUGAGGAUUCACCGGACAAACUACAACAAUGAGGAUGGUCCCCGGACAAAUUAAUCAUUUCUUUAUAGCACCUAAACUCAACUUCAACACAAGCACGGAAAGCUUUCAGAGGAGGUUACUAGGAGGCAAGAGACAAUUUCAAAUCCUGAUUGGAAGCUAUACAGACUUGUGAGCUCACCUUCCCCAAUUCCAUCCAACUCACGGUGGUCUCCUGCAAUGUGUGCUCUGUGGCACCAAGGAAGGUUCCAGAUCUUCUACCAGCUUCAAGGUGUGAAAUAUUUCUCUAUAAUUUUGCUCAGGACAAAAUCCACAAAGAAGAGAUUACAGAUGAACUACAGUACGAUGAUGAUGAGAUAUUUUACACGUAUAAAGACAAAAUGUACAUAUGAGAUACCCACACUGAAGAGUAAGAGGGAAGAGAGCUGCAGAGAUAAAUCAAGAGAAAGAGUAUGGGAAGAGGCCAGAUGGACGUCUCUGAGGUUGACUGGUAGACAAAAGCCUCACGGACUAAAACCUACAGAGAGGCUUUGAACAUGCUUCUGGACACUAAAAGCCACACUAAUGUUUCUACUGUAAUCAUCUAAUCUCCUUGGAAUAUACAGUGGCUUGUGGCCCAGUAAGGAGUGGUGCUCAGUGACAGACAGAUUGACAUAUUCUGACACCUUAACAACAUACAACUGAGCAAAAUAAGAGUGAAGCCUUUCAUCUUUUGUAAAAA